AUGGCUGCCUCGCCGCGAACCCAUGAUCCAUCGCACGAAGAUGACCCGGCGCCGGAACCCCGGCCGCUCUCCACGGAGCAGGUUCCCGACCGCAUGAGCGAGAACUCGCCUCUCCUCAGCAACGACGGUGACGAACACGCCGCACCCAGGCCCGUCGACGAAACGCAGACGACCAAGAGCCUGUGGUACAUGGCCAUGCUGACCCUCAGCAUCGGCGGCCUCCAGAUAGCGUGGUCCGUCGAGCUGUCCAACGGGUCGCCGUACCUGCUAUCGUUGGGGCUCAGCAAGUCGCUCAUGGCCCUGGUCUGGAUCGCCGGCCCCCUGACCGGAACCUUGGUCGUUCCCUACGUCGGCAUCUUGAGCGACAACUCCCGCCUUCCAUGGGGCAAGCGGAGGCCCUUUAUGGUCGGCGGCACAGUCGCCACCGUCGCUGCGCUGCUGUUUCUGGCCUGGGUCAAGGAUAUUGUCGCCGGCAUCCUCGCCGUCUUUGGCGCCGAUCCGGCCUCUGAAGGAGUGCGCGUGGCCGUCGUCGUUGCUGCUGUGCUCGGAAUCUAUAUUCUCGACAUUGCCAUCAACACGGAGCUCGCCAACUCCAUGGCCAGUCGCUUCACGGGGGUUGGGAAUAUCAUCGGGUACAUGGCUGGAUACGCCAACCUUCCCGCCCACCUCUGGUUUCUGGGCAAUACCCAGUUCAAGAUUCUCUGCGCCAUUGCGUCCGUUGCCUUGGCCCUGACCGUGGCUUUGAGCACCUCUAUCGUCCACGAGAGGGAUCCUCGGACAGAUGGCCUCCGGACCAGGCGGGUCUGUCAGGUGCAGUUCUGCGCCUGGGUCGGCUUCUUCCCUCUGCUUUUCUACACAUCGUCGUACAUUGGCGAGAUAUACAUCCAACCCUACCUGCGCGCCAAUCCAAACAUGACGCCCGAGGAGCUCGACGCCCUGUACGAGCAGGCAACACGGAUCGGGACCUUUGCGCUCCUCGUGAAUGCCGUCGUCAGCCUGUCGACCAACGUCUUCCUGCCUUUUUUCAUCGCGCCCACUUUUGACAGCCGGCCUGUCGCAGCCAAGGGCCGUCAAGAGGCGCCGCGCUCCCUCCUCGGGCUGCUGAGAAUACCGGGUUUCUCGCUCAAGCGGGCGUGGCUCGGCUCGCUGGUGCUUUUCGCCGGAGCCAUGUUCUGCACGCCCUUUGUCCGCUCCGUCGAGGCUGCGACGGUCUUGAUUGGAGUGGCAGGCAUCACUUGGGCCAUGGCCCUGUGGGCGCCGUGGGCCAUCAUCAGCGCCGAGAUUAGUCGGCGCGAUGCUCUCGACAGGGCUCGCAAGCUCGAGGCCAACAUGGCUCCCCGUCCUACGAAUCAGGCCGCCGCUUCUGGUGAGUCUUCUUGGAGCCCUGGCUCUGGAUCGGGGAGCGAUGAGCAGGAGAGCCCAGCGGAUACGGACCAGGCUGGCGUCAUCCUAGGCAUCCACAAUAUGGCUAUUGCCCUUCCCCAGAUCAUCGCGACGGUAGGGUCGAGCAUCAUCUUCAAGAUCUGGCAGAAGCCUCGCGGGACGCCGGGGGACCACAGCAUCGCCACGGUCAUGGCCCUUGGCGGGGUCUGCGUGCUGGCCUCGGUGGUCUUUGCGGCCAGAAUCAAGGACGACGCCUCGGCGGCGGUGGGCGAGGCUGCCGAUGAAGAAAGGGGUGGGGCAGUCCGCCGCUCAUAG